ACAAACCCCAAUUCCCAAAACCUCGUGUGACUCCCCAUCUUUAAUCAAAAACCUAUUCUUCUUCUCUGCAAAUCUUUUCUUUUCUUUGUUGCUACCAUGGCUGCUGCGAAAAAGAUCAUCCUCAAGAGCUCCGACGGUGAAUCCUUCGAGGUCGACGAAGUCGUUGCGGUUGAGUCCCAGACGAUCAAACACAUGAUCGAGGACGACUGUACCGGUAACGGGAUUCCGCUUCCUAACGUCACCGGAACUAUCCUCGCUAAGGUUAUUGAGUACUGUAAGAAGCACGCUGAGGCCGCCGCUGAUGACGGCGGCGACAAGGAUUUUUGCGGUUCCACCGAGAACGAUGAGCUUAAGGCAUGGGAUACCGAAUUCGUUAAAGUUGAUCAGAAUACACUCUUCGAUCUCAUCUUGGCUGCUAACUAUCUGAACAUCAGUGGACUUCUUGACCUAACCUGCAAGGCCGUUGCUGAUCAGAUGAAAGGAAAAACUCCUGAGGAGAUGCGUGCACACUUCAACAUCAAGAACGAUUACAGUCCUGAGGAAGAAGCAGAGGUUCGCAAUGAGAACAAGUGGGCGUUCGAGUGAUCUGUGUUUAGGAAAACUUAGUCUUUAGUCGUCUUUCUUAGAUGUGUUUUAACUUUCCAAGAUUUGGAUUUGCUUUUUAUUUUCUUUUCUUUAGAAUUUAACAUGAAAACCGAAUGCUUUCUUCUGCUAACAUGAUCUCUUGGUUUUUAUGAAAUUAAUUUUAGACAAAAAGUGUUGGUCUUGCUUAA